AUGGAUCUUGAAAGCCGUCUAAACGAUGCCUUCGACAGUUCUAAUAUCUCAGCAGCGGUUUCAGCACUCGCCGAGGCGAAGAGCUCUCUGUCUGUGGUCAAUAGACUUGACAAAAUAGCGAACAAGGAAUUGGACAAAAAUGAAUUUAAAAACCUCACUCUGCUCUUGCGGGCUAUUGAAAGCUUUAUGGAGAAACACGAGGACCUCAUCCAUAGGCUUAUCCAUCAAGGUCUCAUCGUCAAGAUUCUGACAUGGUUUGAAAAGGCUACAGUUUGCGUGAAGAAGCAGCCGAAACCAACCAGGAGCUUAGCCAAUCUCAUUGAGGUUUUCUAUGACUUCUUCAUGAGCCUUUGUCGGAGCAACAUUGAAGGUAAAGGGACUGUUCUGCACAUUCUCUUACUGCGGUUCGGAGCCGUUGUCAUAGAUUCAGACUUUCCCUUCAGUCUGCGUUUAGAGGGCAUUAGGACCUUAAACUCCAUGAUGGACAGCAGUACCAAAGAGGAAAGGAGGAAAGUUUGCCAGUCUAAGGAUCUCAGUUUACUUCUAGAGCAGUUUGCGGAAGUUAUUCUCAACAUUGGUGAUUAUGAAAUGCAGGUGGCAAUAUCAGAGGCUCUUUGUCGUAUGACGUUGAGAAAAUCGCGAGAAGAGUUUGUGACCAGAUGGUUUGGCGACAGAAGCUUUGCACGGUCCUUCGCAGCUAUAAAUGACAGAGAAUUCGAGACAGACUGCAGAAUAUUUCUCAACAAUCUCAACAGUUAUUUUGGAGAUUCGAGAAGUGUUUUCACGUUUCCCUGUCUCCGAGUCUUUCUGGGAGGCACUCAGCUCUUCAUGCCAGACGACAAGAACCUGGAGAAGUUCUGGGUCGACUUCAACGUGGGAACCUCCUGUAUCAGCUUCUUCGUGAAUGACCCUGAGUGUUCUCUGUGGGGGUCCAUUAACCUGGCUAAAGCAGUCAUAGCUAACCACAGCCUGCGAGUAUGCGAUGAGGAGCAGAUUUUGACCGUACACAUGACCGUACCGGUCACGCAUGCCGGCGCCGCGGCAAUGACUGUCCAGAUCGUCUUCGAGUCCUCGCAUGACAUCCAGACUGCCCUCAGGAGAGUGUUUGAGGACAAACCGCCAAAGCUGGGAGUUCUGGAAUCUUUGUCACAUGUAUCAUCUCUGAAGGACAGCACUAGUGCUUCACUCACUGACCUGCCGCAGUUUACAAGUACCCCUGCUGUGGAGCCUGAGACCAAAGCUCAGGUGGCCCGUGCCAAAGCCUUAAUCUUCCAUCAGUCUCUGUCCUCCAAUGGGUGAGGGACACUUGGAGCGUCCAGUCCUCCUUGGAGCGAUAGCGGUCUAACUCGCACCCAGAGAAGCAUCCGGAAAGACUCGCAGCCCAGAGACUACACCAGGAGAAAACCCAGCGUGAAGAGUAAACUCAAGGUUCUUCCCUUGUCUUCCCCGAGCAGUAAUGAUGAAGCCCAGUCAAAGUUCUCAAAACCAUCCGUUAAACCAAAGGAAGGGGCAGGGGCAGGUCAGGGUCCAGAGAAACAGGUCAAACGGCAGAGCCUGGGCGUGUCCCACCUGUCGACCGAGACUGCGCUGGACUCAGGCAAGUCCAAAUGGGACAUGGACGCUAAAAUUAGCAAAGACAGCUCUCCACUCAAAAGGAAAAGACAGCUUGAAUCUACAGGGCUGUAUGUCACUUUGGAUUCUGGGCUUGGCCUGUUGCCACAGAGACCUCACUUCGAACAAGAAGAGCCAGCUCCUCCUCCACUGAAACCCAGGAGACUCUUCCCUGUCAGCCCACUAGAGGGCGCUGCAGAAUCGAUGGUCAGAGCGCUGACGGGAGAGGAAGAGUCGGAGGCUGAGCUGGGGUCUGGGGUCAUCGUCGCGUUCCAGACGUUUAAAUCUCAGCUGAAGGAACAUUUUUCAACCAGGUAUAAGAAAAUUGAGGCCAGAUCUCUCCAGUCCUUAUCAGACUGUCAGAAGAACGUGACCUCUUUACUGAAAACUGUGCACAAUCAGAGGCUGGUCCAUCUGGAGCGGUUCCAGGAUACUGUGAUGAAGGAACUCGGUCAACUGGAACAGGACUGUCUCUCUCUCAAACAUAUCGAACAGGAAACUGUGAGCUUCUGGCAGAGAGAGGCUAAGGCUGUGAGAACAUUCUGUGAGCGGCAGCAGGGCAGGUUGGACUCUUUAACACAACCCAGAGACAGUUCUAGAGGACCACAGGCGCCUCCGGAGAAAGAGGACACUUCGACCAAGCCCGCUACAGAAGCAGAGGUCCGUAGUGCUUAUGGGAAGGGGAGGCGUAAAGAGUCUCCUGGUCCCGCCGGUGCGCUCGCCUCCGAGCCAGCACGCUAG